GAAAACGUUAAACAAUAUUUUUAUAUUGAAGGGAUGUAUGGUACACCAGGGUUCGAUGUGGGUGUGUUUGCAGCUUUCUUCAUAGCAACAAUCACAUCGAUAAUCGAUUCUAUCGCCGAUUAUUAUGCAGCUGCACGAGUUGUACGCGUCCCUUCACCGCCUGUCCAUGCUAUAAACAGGGGUAUUUUGACAGAGGGUUUCAUGAGUAUGAUGGCAGGCGUCUGGGGAGCUUCGCACGCAACAACAACGUACGGUAGCACCAUAGGGUUCAUCGCUCUUACAAAGGUUGCAAGCAGAAACGUUUUUCAACUUUUAGGUCUCCUGUUGAUGGUUCUUGGUGUACUUGGUAAAGUCACCAGCGUCUUCGUUACUAUUCCAUACCCCGUAGUGGGCGGAUUACAGGUGGUGGGGAUAGGAUUUUUUAUUGGUCUUGUUUUCGGAAAUCUUCAAUACAUCGACAUGAAUUCUACAAGAAAUCUGGCAAUUAUUGGACUUUCUAUGCUGUGGGGCCUUGUCAUACCAUACUGGUCAAAAAUAAAAGGCGAUGAGGUCAUCAAUACAGGUAGUGUAGAUGCUGACAAUUUACUGAAGAUGCUUACAAGGAACCCUAAUUUUGCCGGAUUUCUUAUCGCACUCAUUCUGGAUAAUACAGUACCAGGAACAUUUAAAGAACGAGGAAUGGCCGUGUGGCAAGCAGGUGGCCAGGAAGACGAAGGCGUGGAUCAAGAGAAAAAUCUAGAAGAGGGGCGAGAGGUGUAUGAUAUACCAGCUCUAACAAAAUACUUGAGAAAGUAUCGGAUUUCAGCGUACAUUCCAUUUUUACCGACAUACUGUCCAAAAACUUCUAAAAAGUCAAACUGAUGCAGUGUUUUCUUAACCUGAAACUGAAUUAAAAAAUUGUAAUCUGA